AUGCCUGAGGUGAAGAUACGUCUCGAAGAGCAAGAGUUCAUUGCGCAGCAGCUUGCUGAUCCCGAAGUGCAAGCGACGCUGCAGCAACGUGGGACAUACGGGGUGCAAACGACCGUCCGUGACAUUCUACUAACACGUUACAUGACACGGUUCAACCACCUGCUCCCUGGCGAGCCUGAACAGGUGUACUUGGAACGUCAGAAGCGUCAGAGGGGUCGCGGAAAACCGCGUCGGCAGGCAGAAACCGAAGCGGAGAUGAAGGAUCGCAUGACAAUGGCAGGCUCGCGUAUAUUGAACCACAUCAAGGCCUGGGUGAGGAAGAAUGUCCCGGUCGGUGAUGCGUCCACGGCGUCUGCUGAAUCGGCGACCGCACCAGUGGGUGACCUCAAGCGGGAGGCCGCCCCGCGACUCGGCGCAUACAGGGAGUUCCUUAACAGCGAUCACCCGGACGUGCCCCAGAUGGACGUCACCCUGUCGCGUCCGGAGCGUAUGGCUAAAUUCAACCGGGAGGGACGUCGGGCGUUCAAAAACCUCGGUGAGGAAGAUCGGGCGUUCCUCGAGCGGCAGGUGGAGAAGAAACGCCAGGCGGUUGCGUCCAAUGACCGUCUUGACGAACUCCGCCGGCAGUUGUACGUCGUGCAGCUGCGCUCAACCCACCAAGCCAAAAUGAAGGGAUGGCAGAGAAUGACGGGCUGUGUCGGCCUGUCCAUGAUAGGAGGUCUUGAUGAGACGGGCCAGCUAUUCAUCUCGGUCGCCACUACUGGGAAGGAUCCGACGGGCCGCUCGUUUCCUGCGGCCCUGCAAGACAGUCUCGAUGUGCAGCCCACCCGGCUGGAGUCGGAGUUCGCUCACUGGGUGCACAGGAUUUUCGACCCGGCAUCCGUGGAGAACGGCACAUCCUCUUCCGCGAAGCCCAAUACGCGCGCUAUCAUCCCCAAACUCAAUAUGGUUAUACCGGCCGGCAGCAAAACCUCGACGAAUACCCAGAAGGCUCGCGCCCAGGCGAAGGCGUUCACAUCAAAGCCCAGCGCACGGGCCAAACGCCAGGCCAAGAUGCCAGUCGCCGCUUGUGAUCCUAAGGAGGCGGCAUGCGAGGACGCUGCAGGGAGCAGCGCUGCGCCGGAUGACGGAGAUCGAAACACCGCACAGGACGCCGCUGUUACUGCUGACGGUGCGGAGCCAGGGAAGCACAACACACAGGGGCAGACCAAAAGGUCUGCGAGCAUGCGCUCAUCUGGGUUCCCGGUGAAGGCUCCCUGGGGGGAGCGCGGACCCCAGACGCAGAUAGGACAACCCCGUUUAGAGACCGAGAACCACAUCAUCUGCCCUACUCGCCCUUCAACAGCCUUUUUCUUCCUGGCCCGUGUCGCUGCGGUCAACCGAUUCCGCACCUUGCUGCUUCCCGCUCAAGGCUCCCCCUCCUCUCAGUACAGUCAAGCGCUCAAAGAACUCUGCUGGCUCGGGCUCGAGCACCGACUCCCUCCUGAACUCGUCAACUAUUCUGAACCCGACGCAGCCGGACAAAUGGGUAUUUCCUGCGAUGCUCGGACCGGGCAGGGUGACGAGACUUGCGGCCCUCGCCGCAUUGCUCCGCGCAACCCGGUCCCCGAAGACCAGCUUGCUGCUAUCGAAGCGCAGCGUGAAGCCGACCGUCUCACCAAGGUGUCCAAGGCCGCUGUUCAAAAUCUGGCCAAUACGCCGGUCAAGAGCAAGGGCAAGGGCAAGGAUUCUCCCCUCAUUGACUUCCCUUCAAGCGCCAGCCUUAGCCCGGUGCUAACUCAGAAGUAUACGAAACCGGCAAUCGACAAGGGUAAGGCGAAGGCCAACAUGAAAUCACGCGCGCCCUCCCCAGUUGUGUGGGUGCCUUCGAGCACCAGCACCACGCCGGAGCAGCUUGAAGCUGAUGCGCUGCUCGCUCGGUCGCUCAGCCAGGAUGAAGUGUUUCCCCCAGACACAACACAGAACGAUGCAGCGCUUGCUCGGUCGCUCCAGGAUCUCCUGGACAACGGGGGCAUAGUCGACGAUGACGAAGUCCCUCCUUGGAAGGCCCGACAACGCCCUGGGCGUGCGUCCGCCGCCUGCAGGUCGCCUAGCGUGGACGAUUCUCCCAGCGUGCUGGCCGCUGCUCGGCGCAAGCUUACGCAAUCUCGGAAGCCGGUCAAGGAGUCGCCCCUAAAGGGUUUACUGAGCAUCAGCGACAGCGACAACGGUGAUGAGCUCUUUGCUUUCGCUGAGAGCGACGACGACACCCCCAGCGAUCUCGCCUCCCAGAACCAGGGCUCAAACAAGGAGAACAGCGGUCCUUACAGCAAGGGCCUCGCUCGCGACGGCGACAUGGUUACUACAACCUCCGGCAAGCGCCGUUAUUCCGUCAUCUCCCUCUCUUCGGAUGACGAGAACGAUGGCCCGCCCCCGCUCAAGACUGUGAAGAUCAAGGAGGAACCGACCGAACACGUUCUUCGCGACCUCCAGGAAGUCGCGACCACCCCUUCUACGUCCCGCCCGCUUACAGGCCAAGGGCCUGGGUUACAUCCAAGGUCGCUGAGGUGCCUCGCCCAAGCGCCCUCUGCCGACACAAACACCCUUCUGCCAGCCAUUGAGGGCGUCCGGGACCUCCGGCCCUGGCUCGUCGGAUCCGAGGUCGUCAACUCGUGGGUCCUUAAGCCCCCGGGCCGUGGAGCUGUCGCGGGGCCGUCGCGCGGGCCUCGGACGCUUUUCCUCCGUGACGACUACACCGGUGCCAGCGCCAACGCUGCAGAGGUCCAAGCUGCCGUGAAGGGCAUCUCACCUACUCUCCUUGCGGCCUUCGUCGGCCGCUGCCUGCCCCAGGCGGCGCACGCUCUGCGGCCUUUCGACAUGAAACUCGACAAGGCCAACGAGGACAUCCCCUGGGGUGACAAGCCGUGGGUUCUGACGACCAAAAUAUACGUAGAGGACGAUGAAGGUCCGCUCCAUCGGAUGCAAGGCGUGGCGUCUAAGGUCACAGACAUCAUCGCGAUGGACAUCUUCUCGCUCUCCGACAUCAUGGGGGCCUACGGCUGUGCAAAAUUUCAGCUUGGGCACAAGCAGUGCUCUGGGGAAACCACCUGGGAGCCCCGUGACCUUUUCGACACCAUCAACAUCGGCUGGCCAAAGGUGACCACCAUUGUACUCGCUCUCCCCCACGUAACGCUUGAGAACAUAAUCAUCUAA